AUGGAUUUGCCGUUACGCCCAAAAGAUCCAUUUCAAAGGGAUCCAACUGGCGAAGUCAGGAUCAUUCUUGGACUGGACUGGGGAACAGCCUUCACCUCUGGGGUCGCAUCUUGCACAACCCACAGCCUUGCCUUUCUUAAACGACUGGAGAUCAGACCUUUUCGGAGAUACAGUUCCGCUUCAGGAGAUUCGAAGAACCGCUCGGAGACUGAGAUACCUACCUGCAUCCGGUAUGGGGAGAACGACGUCAGUAUAGGGAUCGAAGCAGAACAGCACGAAGAAAACGGGGACUGGUACUCUGGUGCAUCUAUGGUACGACGGCUGAAGAUCUUCUUGGACGAUCGACCUGAGUUUGAGCAACAGCGGAAGAAAUUCCUCAGAACACUACCUGCUGGAAAGUCAGUGGACGAUGUGGUCACGGAUUUUUUCCGGAUUUUGCUAAGGGACUGGAAACGCGAAUUAGUGACGCUGGGGUGUCCCGAUCGCGCUAUCUGGGAUCUUAGCUGUUGUAUCCCCGCUGCCUGGCUAACUCAAAAACCUCUUCACCGUCUGUCUGAUGCGAUUCUGAAAGGUGCACGGGAAUGCGACAUUACAAUUGAGGAACACAUACGGUUUGUUCCUGAACCGGUUGCAGCAGCAGCGUAUCUCAGGCUAGAUGACAUGAACUUCGAGAAGCAAAUGACGGCUGACAUGGUCGUUGCCGUAUGUGACUGCGGAGGCGGAACCACAGAUGUCACCGUGUGUCGCGUGGAGAGCUUAUCGGAGGGAGUGUUGCAAGAAAUAACUCCAACCAAGGGGACGCCAUAUGGCUCGGAGAAUUUGGAUGAAGCUUUUGAAGAGCAAGUCAGAGCCAGGCUGUCAAGUCUACCAGAGGUCGACAGAACUACAGUAGUAUCCGGCUUACCAUUUCUCUUGAAUUGGUUCAACAAACGCACGAAAGCCAGAUUUACUGGAGAGGAAGACUAUUUCCGCCUCCAGCUUGUCAACCUUCCAAAUGAUCCCAGCAAGGAUUUCGAAGAACAUUUUCUUCGAAUGCGGAAACACCACCUGCUCGAAAUCUUCGACAAGGUACUCGAAAGGAUAUGGUGGCUUCUGGAAUACCAGAUUAAGUGCGCUUUAUCUCAAGUGGGAAGUGUAGAGGCCGUAAUCCUGACAGGCGGAUUCUCCGCAAACAAAUACCUCAGAAAAUACCUUGCGGACAAACUACACUCUCUUUCGGCUCAGCUCGCCCUGACAAAAAUAGAGCUAUACCCUUAUUCAAUCCAUGACUAUGCUUUUGCCAAAGGAGCUUUGUAUUGUUCUCGGAGGGACAAGUCUAUAGUUCGGCGCGUAAAUAGGUGUAGUGUUGGUCUUCUUCAAUAUGAAGUUUGGAACCGAAAUUUGCCAGGCCAUCCACAAGAGCCGCCGGAACCAGAUCCUGUGACUGGUGAGUUGUUGGUGGAGAAUUGUAUAAAGCUCCUCUGGAAAAAGGGUGAGAACGAAGCCGAUCCUGAACCUUGCAGGUUGUUCAGAAGCUUCAAUAUUGAAGAGAACAUCGUUGGCAUCUCUGUCGAUCUAUGGACCUUCAAGGAAAUUACGAUGGAUAACUAUACGAUCGAUCAUGAACGCAAUGAAGACCGCCAACUUUGGCAGUCGAUCGAAUUCAAAGUCGACGUGUCUCCAUUCAAGCACACUCUCAACGUCUAUGACACAGAACACCCCGAGCCAAAUUCUACCUUGGGUCGUAAGCCUCGAAAAGUUAGAUCUGGAAGAAAAGAGGGUGGGGACAUCCAAACGCCGCCUGGACGGAUCCGGAGAAGUACAAGAAGAGCCAAUCAAACAGACAAAGGUGUAGAAUAUGCCCAGCGAAUGACGGCAAACAGGUGCAAAUCAAAAACGUCUCAAGAAAAGACAAACUCACAAAAUGUCACGCCGAAAGGACUAGCUUGUACCGAACCCGAUCCGCACGUGGAAAACAGUGCGGCGAUGGAAGAUGCUGGAGAUAAGAAUCGUCGCCAAUGGCACACUGUCGAGUUUGUGUUUCGCAUAAAGAGGGAUGGUGAAUUGGGUCGCUGGACCGUCGAAUGCACCGACGCACCACCUGAUCAACGCGCCAAGCGUGAAGGCACUGCGAGAAUGACCUGGGUGCAUGAAGCCGGAUCAUAUUGA